AUGCGUUUCGGUUCGGGCAGUUACGAUGUGCGCAGAAGCGAAGGGCUCAAUCCGUCGCUGCUCACCAGCACCCGACAUACCAUCACCUGCACAGUCUCGUUUCUCGACGCCUCCGAACGGCAAUUCCAAGUCGACAGACACGCCCUUGGCUCUGUACUGCUCGACAAGGUCUUUGCGCAUUUGGAGUUGGUCGAACGUGACUUUUUUGGUCUGCAAUUCCUCUAUGUACUAGGGACCAAGGAGACUCAAAAGCGAUGGUUAGAUCCAAACAAAUCGAUCAGAAAGCAAAUGGUCUGUCCGCCAUUCCAUCUGUGCUUUCGUGUGAAAUUCUACGUGAGCGAUCCAAGCAAGCUCGCCGAAGAAUACACAAGGUACCAUUUCUUCCUACAACUACGACUCGAUAUGCUGGAAGGUCGGCUGCCAAGCGCUGAAGGAUCUCUUGCACUCCUCGCCAGCUAUGCAGUCCAAUCAGAGCUGGGCGAUUAUUCACCAGAAGACCACCCUGAAGGAUACCUCAACCAAUAUCGAUUUGCCCCAAGCCAAUCCAUGGACUUUCCGAAGAGAGUCGCUGAACUUCACGCGAUGCAUCGUGGCCAGAGCCCUGCCGAGGCCGAGUUCAACUUUUUGGAACAUGCCAAAAAGCUCGACAUGUAUGGUGUGGAUCUCUAUGCGGCCAGAGUGAGUGUUGACACAAAUUAUUUUCCUUCUCAAAUAAUUUUUUGUAUUUUUUAUUAUUCAUUCAUUUGCUCCCCUUCAUGA